UCAUUCUCAGCUGAUGGUGCAAACCGGACGUGCUACGAGCAAUAUGGUGGUCGGCCUUUGUCUACAGACAUGGAGCAGCUCAGCUGUGCCUCAAAACUGCUGAACACAUCGCAAGUCUUGCGUGACAACAACGUCACCUACAUACCUGUAUACACCAAUGAAUUUAAUGGGUCUGAUUGCACGACCUACCUACCAUCUAGCAACACGAUACUUCAAGACGCCUGCACAGGUGCACGACCAACAAUCUGUGAAACCUGGUACUGCAACGACAUCGACAACUUGGUAGUUGUACCUGGUGAAGACCGGUGUGUGUGCAAACCCGGUUAUAUGAGGACAUCGGCACACAGAUGUGAACCUAUCACAGCAUUGCUACCAGCUGCAGGAAAAUCACCAGGGAACGUGACCGUAUUAAGAUAUAACUAUGAGUCAAUGUGGAAAGUUCAACAGGUGUUCACGGAAAACCCACUUGGUCGACUGGCCAAUCUCUCCAUAGAUGAUGGACAAUUUGCUAUCAGAUCCAAUCAUGGCGUUAUCUACUCCUUCAACCCCUCUUCAGAGCCAUCAGUAUGCCCACCUCCACUGCCAAGUGCUCAGUUGCCAGGAUUUGAAGGAAUUGCUGAAGAUGGAACAACUGUGUGCGAACAAGGAUGGCAUCCGGAAAGCUCAAACACAGCAAUAUGUUCAGAGAAUGGUAUCUUGACACCGGCUAGAUGCAUAUCUGCAUCCCAGUACCACAGGAAUAAUUUGCAUGUCAUUGUGCCGGUAAUUCCCUUUAGCCUGAACUUGCUGAAGAUGAAUCAUUACAAUGCGACCAAACAUUGCAUAGACACCUACGGUUAUGAUGCUAGACUCCUGGACUUUGACAAUGGCUUUGAAGUGGAAACUCUCUCUAGUGUACUGCGCAAACUUAAACUUGGAGUCAAUGUCCUCGAGGACACAUUAUUUUGGUCCCGACUAUCCGACCUCUUCAGCAUUGAAAGUCAUUAUGCUUUUCAAAUCAAAAGCAACAACCUAAAGAGACGUGUGAUCAAACCAAAUUCCGAGAAAUUUGCGUUUGCCUGCUUAGCCAGAAUAUGCAAUGAUGCUGCUCACGUGAAUAGCACUGCCGUUCGCACAAUCAACGAUGAUGGUUCAGCGCAGUGCCUGCCAGGUCAUUCACUGAAAAGUACAGGACCCGCAUAUUGCCACCAAGGAACCUGGGUCAACUUUCCAAUCUGUGAAACGAAUCCAUCGGCAAAAUACUUCAAGCCAAGCUGUAGGCCUGCGGGAAACAUUGCCGACCGCUACGUCAAGGUUUAUAAGGAUGGCUCAGUUGUUUGCAAACCAGGCCACAGGGCAAUUAGGCAUUGGGGCCCAUAUUGCAAUGCAGCUGCUGGGAAUCUGUGGUGGAAUAUCGACAAAUGUGUUCCAACAAUCAGCUGGGUUCGUGAAUCUGUAUAUGCAAUUGACAGGCGAGGUUUGGCAUCCCUGAAUGAUGCUAAAAGUGACUGUAAAAAACUAAAUGGAAGACUACCUGCAACAAUCGAUGACGUGUUGACGGCAUCCCGUGUAUUUGAGUGGGGACCAUUUUGGGCCGUAUAUGGAGAUAGAAGUUUCUUCAGCCUUGAUGAAGGAAGAGCUAGAUCAAGACCGUCGAUAGCUGAGGGCGCCAAGACGAGAAUGAUUCGGAACUAUCUUUGCAUUGUCGACUGCAGCGUUGAUCCAUUGCAGCUCGCUCUACCCGGGUACGUUUCCAUUGACAAAAAGACACUGAAUGUUGUCUGUCAGACUGGUUACCGUCAUCACCUUGCAAAGAACGGCCUGGCGUGUGGAACAGAUGGUUACUGGAAAAACUUACCAUAUUGUGUCGGAGAGAAUGUGUAGGAGACAUCGGACUGGCCUUACUGCAAUAUCGACGAGUACUCCAAAUUUGGAUGUGUGUUCAUUACGCGGAAGAGUGUCCCCGAAGUGUAUGAGUGUGCACAGUAGGGAGGUUAAUGACAUUGUGAAGUCAUCCAACUUUUCAAGAUCUUUCCCGGCUGCAUUUCACAGCACACAUGUACCCGGACAUAUGUACUGUCGAAUCAUAUCCUAUCUCCUGUUUCUACUUCGCAUUGCAUGACAUAUGUACAGUCGAAUCAUAUCCUAUCUCCUGUUUCUACUACGCAUUGCAUGUCAUAUGUACAGUCGAAUCAUAUCCUAUCUCCUGUUUCUACUACGCAUUGCAUGUCCUGUAUUUUCUGGUUCCAGAUGACGGUGUGGAAUGCUUUCCCUCUGACUGUCACCAGCACAAGGCUUGUGUGUGUUUCCGUAUAGAAUGUAGAGUUCGAAUAUCAAAACUCGAUUUUAAAUUU